AUUACAUUUUAUUGUUUGGAAAUGAGAUUAAUUGCAAUUAUAUUUAGUUUAUAUGUGUUUGUGAGCGCGUGUUAUGCAUCGAAACGGUGGCCAAAUCACGACAUAUCGACUCUCAAACUGUUGCAGUUAGUACAUCGACAUGGCGAGAGGGCACCUACAUCUUUUCCCGAUAAUGAUCCCUAUAAGGACACCAAGUAUUGGGUGGAGGGUGUGGGCGAACUGACCACUAAAGGUAAGUAUAGGUUGUAUAAGUUGGGAGAAUUCAUACGACAAGAGUAUAGUGACUAUUUGGGCGACAAAUACUCGCCCCGAGAGGUGUACGUCCGGAGCUCUAUCACCGAUAGAUGCAUUGAAAGCACGUCCAGCCUAUUAGCCGGCGCUUAUCCACCGAAACAGCCCGACUGGCAGUGGAAUAACGGGACGGACGCUAAAUUAGGUCUCGUAUGGCAACCCUUCCCCAUCGAGACAUUUAUGCCUCAUUCGGAUGAUCUGGUUUGCAACGAGGGAAAGCCAUGCGCUGCAGUGAACAAUGAAAUGACCAAAAUAUACAACCGGCCGGAACUGAAAGAGUUCGUCGAGAAAAACAAGCAAUUGUAUGAAAAUGUGAGCAAAAUUGUGGGCAAACACAUUAAGUCCAUCGGAAGCGCCGCCAGUCUGUACGACAUCCUUAAGAUAGAGACGGAUCACAACUACUUCUGGAACCACUCGUGGACUAAGGAGGAGGAGACUCGUGUGAUCAACGAGUUGUACAACUCGUGGCAAAUGCAGUGGCGCUACGAUUGGGACAGUCCUGUCAUUCAGCGUCUAAGAGGCGGCGGUUUAACCAAAGAAUUGAAUGCAAACUAUCAGAAAGUGGUGGACAAUAGGAAUGACAGGAAGUUAUACGUGUACUCAACACACGAUGCCGUUGUGGCCGCACUUAUGAAGGCUCUCAACAUAUCCGAUGGAAAGGCACCUCCGUUUGGUUUUGGUGCCAGCAAUGCAUCGAAACGAUGGCCAGACCACGACAUUUCCACUUUAAAACUGUUGCAAUUAGUUCAUAGGCAUGGAGAAAGACCUCCGUAUGCUUUCCCACCUAAAGAUACAUACUCUGCCUCCAAGUAUUGGGUGGAGGGUGUGGGCGAACUGACCACUAAAGGUAAGUAUAGGUUGUAUAAGUUGGGAGAAUUCAUACGACAAGAGUAUAACGACUAUUUGGGCGACAAAUACUCGCCCCGAGAGGUGUACGUCCGGAGCUCUAUAACCGAUAGAUGUAUUGAAAGCACUUCCAGUCUAUUAGCCGGCGCUUAUCCACCGAAACAACCGGAAUGGCAGUGGAAUAAGGGAGAGGACGCCAAGUUGGGUCUGGUUUGGCAGCCCUUCCCUAUCCAGACAUUUAUGCCACACGAAGACGAUUUAGUUUGCAAUCAGGACAAAGAGUGUCCAAUAGUGGACAAAGAGAAGGCUAAGAUCUACGAACGCCCGGAGCUGAAGAAGUUUGUGGAAGAUAACAAGGAACUGUAUGCUAAUAUGACAAAAGCUACGGGUUGGGCUAUAUCUACCAUCGCCGAUGCCUCCACUUUAUACGAUACCCUUAAGAUAGAGUCCGAUCACAACUACUUCUGGAACAGCACGUGGACUAAGGAGGAAGAGCAGCAUAUAUUGGAUCAGUUGUUAGUGUCGAGGAAUACAGAGUUCAAAUACGAUUGGGACAGUCCUAUCAUCAAACGCUUAAGAGGUGGCGGUUUGGCGAAGGAGUUGACCAAAAACUUCAAUAAAGUUGUCAAUAAGAGUAAUGAAAAGAAAUUAUACGUCUAUUCAACGCACGACACAACAGUCGCGGCCCUAAUAAAUGCCAUGAAUUUCCCAAACCAUGUGUUCCCACCGUUUGGGGCGACCCUUCUCCUCGAGUUACACCAAAACAACAAAACUAAUGAUUACUUCGUCAGAGCUUUCUAUCAAAACGAGACCACAAUUAAUGAGGGAAUUCCUCAUGCGCUCAGUUGGGGUGACUGUGCGAACCUC